AGCUAGAUAUUCUUGGCAAGAAGUAAAUAAAUACCGCCUCCACAAAAUAAGCAUGUCCAUGCCAAGCCCCUUCCCGUAAAGGACGUCAUCGGCAACUUUUUGGGCGAGCACAACUCGCACAGCUCAGGCAAGCACAAGCACAACAGGAGAAUUUCAGGCAGCGGUCCACGCUAUCACCUGAAUCAUGAACACGAACACAGCAUUCCGCAUUGUUGUCCUCCUCUUCCUCUUCCUCACACCUACACCCUGAAGUCAUGAAUAAUUCCGAGAGCAACACAGGCAGACAUUAACUUUCGGAAAGAAUGUCGCCAGCACACACGUACGGGCCAGGAUGCCAUCUUGCCCCAGCUAUCGCCGUAUCUGGCUCAGAUGAUGAAGGUGAAAUACCGCCACUGAGGACACACUUCUUCUAUGCAUCUCCUCUACCUCUGGACGAUCCACUCUCUGCCAUUCCUAUUCCGACUGGAGAUUCCAAAUCUACGAAACACCCUCCCAGACCGUUCUCUGCACGCGAUAACAAUGCCCUCGAAGAAAUAUGGCUGGGGUUUUCUGCUGGAGGUCAUAAAAGCCAUACGGGGAAUCAUAAGACAGGAAAAUCUGCGGCACCUCACCUAGAGAGUUUGACGUCUGCAUCUGAACGGCCGUCGUGCUGCGACCAUUUCGAGCGUGAUGUCGGGAGGGAUUCUGUUGAUAAGAAGAUUGCGAUAACGGACACCAGAGCACAUAAGAGGCACAAAAUAGGGGAACUUUCGUCAUCACAGAAGGACUCUGAAAGCCACCUCAAGUCCACCAAGCAUGGGAAGUUUCCAGAUGAGGAGAGCCGCGAGUUUGAGGCCGGUAAGCCAAUAUAUGGAAAGAAGGAUUUGUUGGACCUCCAAGCAGAGACCACCGAUGCUCUUUCUACCAGCUUGCCAACAAAAAGUGAAGAGACCGGAACCACAGGUCUUCCAUUCGCACAGUUCUCCGCUUCUAAGGAGCCAGUCUUGCCUUCCAACGAGCCAUUCGAUGAAGGAGAGUCUAGCAAAUCUAGAAAUGCUAGCAGAGACGACUCAGACACAGCAGAAGUAGAGACAGUUCAUAUCAACGACUGCAAAUCACACAAAUCCCAAGGUCAGGCGGAGGUUCCUGUUGGCGUAUCACGAUUACAUCUGGUAAAGAUGCCGUCGUUGCAGAUGCAUCCAAUAUACUGGUCUCCAGUUCACGAUAUAGCUGCUGUCAUCCGCGGAACAUGGUUUUACAAAGACACGAUGUGCCCAGUUGAGCCUGCUGUUGCGAACCAAUUGGAAAUGGGAUACAGAGAGCUUAGACCUUGGUCUCAGACGUGGAAAGAUGAGCUGAACAGUGCAUUAGAGGUCGGAGCUGCGGGUGAAGAGAAGAUCUCACACAUUCUCUGGCCGAAAGAAGAUCCAAAGAAAGCCCAGAAGGCUAUCAAGUCUACGAAACCUGAGCUAUCUACUGAUCCAUUCUGUGCUGCUAGAUGCUCCAAUGGAGAGGCAUCUGCAGAGGGCAGUACAGAUCCUGAAGACCUUGCAGGUCAAGCGUCAGAUACCAUGACUGUUGUAAAGAAGUAUCGUAACUCUCAGGUCAUCUACAAAGAUGCAGCGAACGCCUUCAUCCUCAAGCCAGCCCUUGCGCCAUCUGCGUAUUACGGCCGGAAACCUCUGCAGAAGAUAAAAAGAGGUAUGAAAGUUGGCAUCCACUGUGUAAGAGGAUUCGACUGGAAGGCUUGGGAAAAGCUCCAUCCUUCUAAGCAAUCAAGCACUGCUAAGAAAGCAGAGCAGAAUGCUCCUGUUGCUGGAGACUCGAAUGCUACCAAGAGCAGUUCUUGCCCAGCAUGUAGAGUCCAAGAGCAGCCCCGGAAGGUCACUGAUUUGGUCCUCGUGAUCCAUGGAAUUGGUCAAAAGCUCUCCGAGCGAGUCGAAUCCUUCCACUUCACACAUGCUAUCAAUGAAUUUCGACGAUCGAUCAACGUUGAGCUCAGUAACGAGGCAGUGCAUCGAGCCCUCCGCGACGAUCUUGGUGGUGUUAUGGUACUACCUGUAAAUUGGCGAGCAAACCUAUCCUUCGAAGAUGGUGGGCCGAUGAAGAAAGGCGAGGAAGUCCAGCGAACGGACUUCUCGUUGAAGGAUAUCACUCCUUCCACUAUUCCGGCUGUACGGAACAUGAUCUCUGAUGUCAUGUUGGAUAUCCCGUUUUACAUGUCCCAUCACAAGCCAAAGAUGAUCCAGGCUCUGAUAUCCGAAGCGAACAGGGUAUACCGACUUUGGUGCAAGAACAACCCAGACUUCGACGAGCAUGGUCGAGUUCAUAUCAUCGCUCACUCUCUGGGAAGCGUGAUGGCGUUGGAGGUGCUCAGCCAGCAGCCAACUACUGUUCCCAAGAUCGAUUUGCAAGAGAGCCAGAUCAAUACAAAGUACUUUGAUUUCUGCACUUCAAAUCUGUUCUUCGUUGGCAGCCCUGUAGGGUUCUUCCUGCUUCUGGAUAAAGGCCGUCUGGUACCAAGGAGAUUUCAGGGCAAGGCUGGCGCGGAUCGUCAAGACGAGCGCGACGAGACCGUUACAAACGAAGCUGGGACUCUGGGUUGCUUAGCAGUCGACAAUAUCUACAAUGUCAUUGCACAUAAUGACCCGAUUGCAUAUCGACUCAACGCUACUAUCGAUCCACAGUUCGCGGGAAAUCUGAAGAAUGCAGUCGUGCCUAGUGCUACGACAGGCUUCUUCGAGAGUAUAGGAAAUGCAAUGCGGUCGAUUACUCCAAGUGUAUCGGCUCCCGAUGAUCUCGCUGUCGGCCAGGUUGCAAAGCCUGCAGCGAUAACUCGGCUCCCCUCACAACUGGAGAUGGAGAUCCAUGAUUUCACUCGAGAAGAAAUGGCCGAGAAGAAAUUUUUCCUACUCAAUGACUGUAAGUCCAUGCUUCAAGCUCCAACCCGUAGCCUGUCUAUAUUCAAGUCUGCCAAAACUUCCAGUGUGUCUAUUACCCCAACUAUCGAGACAUCUACAAGUCAAAAUGAAGUACAAAGCUAAAUCUAAGAUCUUUUAGGUGGCCAGGUCGAUUGGUUCUUGAGCUCAGGAGGUGGGCCACUUGAGAUCCAGUAUCUUAACAUGCUCGGAGCCCAUAGUAGUUAUUGGUCCAGUCCAGAUUUUAUUCGCAUGAUUGUGAUUGAAGUCUGCCGGAAACCAGGCAGGCAACACGCGCUGCCCAAUAUGCGAGCUGUCAAGGCGGUCAGGAAAGUUGCAAGCUAAGCUCACGAGAUGGUUCUAGACAAUUCGUAGGAUAUAGCAGUAACGGAAAUCCUGGAUGAAGGAGUAUGAGCAAAACUUGUAGUCGUGCAAUGGGGGCUUACGAUCUAACAUUUCUGAGAGAUAUAUUGGGGCUUCUGGAGUUUGGAGUCUCAAAGACUCAGGAAACUAGCGUAGGCGUCAACGGAGAGCAUGAUAGACGACCUUUGAUACCCAUAUCUAGAUGUACUGUAUAAAUUAUAGAUGCCUUAUCGAAAGAAUCACUUUGUCGCGA